AUGGAUGACGACUACUAUUCCAUAGAAUCCAUUCUUGCAGAGAACCAGAAAGUUCAGUGUACUUUCAAAGUGGACAUCCCGGACAUGGGGCAUCUUGAUGGUGGCAAGGAACGGGAUAUUAAGGCACAGAGCAAGAUUCAACUUCCACUGUGGAUGGCUUAUAUCCUCAUCUAUUCUGACUACGCGGAUUUUACAAUCCCUGCGCCAUUCAGCUCGCGCGUUCGGAAUGCCCUCAACGCUGAAGCGAAGAGUGUGCGUCUGUCAGGGCUUGUAGGUGCAGGGGGGUUGUGGUAUGGAUUCGGGAAGAUCGUCAUGAAGUUACUGGACGAUGCAUCAGCAAGCGAGAUGUCAAGUGUGCUUACGAAGACGUUUCGAAGUCGCCUUCUAGAAGUGAUAGACCAGGCGCAACACUUUGCUGCAUUGGGGCCCGCAGGUGGUGGACAGUCAGCCGAUGUUGCGCAGACAUUUAGAGAAGGGUUGGAUGGCACCGAACGAGAAUUGUUUUCGCUCGCGCAGGAAAGUACCAAGCGGACAAAACGAUGGUAUGAGUCAACCGAUCGAGGAAGACGAUGA